AUGGCCUCUAACUUCUCAUUACAAGUUGAGUCCGGACUACAGCGUUUGUCAGAGUCUGUGUUUGCUGGUCUGUGUCGUGUAGUGGGGACUCCUACACAGGUCAACAUCAGGAGAGAAGUGGUGGACAUCAAAGAGAUUCUGAGUAAUCACAUCACAGAUAAAGGAUGCAGCAUGACGUGGAGUGGAAGAUAUAGAGAUGGAUUCAGACUGCAGGGUUCAGAUGUGGACGUGAUGUUUUCUUUGAACAACUUUGAAGUAGUCUGGGACUUAGACCAAGCUCAGAAUCACGAUACACACAGAAAAGAUCUCAUUCUGUGUGACAGUUCAGAAAGUCCUCCUGGAUUUACUUUACUACAGUCAAUGAUAAAAGACAGAAUAGAUAUCAAGCCAAUUUAUGUCAGAAUAAAAGACAAUCUUUAUAUUUCCAGUUCCAAAGUCAGACGAUUCGCAUGUUCACCCCUCCCUCAAGAUUGGACACAACAUGGACCAUGUGGAAGUGGAUACCUAGGAAACACAGAAUAUGAUUAUGCCCCCUGCUAUCAUUGUAAAUAUUGGCCUCCUUCUGCCUCCUCAUGGAUAGACAGAUGUCAUUCUUCACCCCAGGCUCAUAUUGCCCAUGAUAUAGUCAGCAAUGGAUGUCACUUUGUAGCUAUCGGACACAAACUAGGAAACCAUGGAGACAACGAAUGGCGGAUAUCUUUUUCUCAAGCAGAACAAAAGCUUGUGUACUCCAUGGACCACUCUCAAUUCUUAACUUACGGUUUGCUUAAAAUUUUCCUCAAAGAAACCAUUAACAGUGGAUUUGAGACCCACGAUAAAUUACUUUGUUCCUAUCACAUGAAGACGGUAGUUUUCUGGGCGAUUCAACAAAAUAAUGUGCCUAACUGGUGUCCACAUACUCUUCUGGAGGGUUUCUGGGUCUGCUUUAAGCUUCUCCUCAAAUGGGUGUACGAGGGGGUCUGUCCCAAUUUUUUCAUUCCAGAAAACAAUAUGUUUCUGAGUAAAAUCCACGGUGAAACACAGAAGUUUCUAUUCUAUAGACUUUAUGAAAUAUAUAAAAAUGGAAUAUCAUGCCUGCUUCACAGUCCCUCAAUCAGACCUUAUAUUAUAAAUGUCCUCUAUAAUCCAAGACAGUCUAUCAGUGCCAAUGAAUACACUUUCAUUACAGAGGCAGAGAUUGAUGUGGAACUUUUUAACGAGACAUACACACACGAUGUUUUGAUUUUAUCUGAAUUACCUUAUUUCAUUAAAAGUAUACGCACAGUAGAGCACUUGAUAGGUUCAACCCUGUCACAGUACCAGCUUAUUUUGCUGCAGAGGCUUACAACUUCCGUUCUUCAAACAACUGCAAUUUUACUCUUUAAAAGAGGGAAUUUCACACGUGCAAACAAACUGAUGUAUACAAAAGACAGAAGGAUCUGUCACAUGUUGAGAUUAGCAGCCAAGCUUGGUUGUAUUUCUGAUAUGUUGUACAUAGCCAUGUAUUAUUACCAGACAUCUAGGUACAAGAAAUCUCUAUCUAUUAUAGAGAUGACAAAAGUUAAAUUAGCAAAGGCACAUGUAACAUAUCACAACAGCGUCGACCCGCAGAGUUAUAGUCAGACUGUAGGUGGACAAUCUCUGUCUGUAAAACUUCGACAGGCUCGAGCAGACGACAUCCACCUUUUCCAAAACAUCUGUUACAUAAAGGAAUUGACACCAGAACAGUCUGCAUUAGAGGAUGGAAAUACUCUGAAUAUUCCACCAUUUGUACUGUUAUACAUGCUAGAGAUCUUGAUUUCUAUUCAUACCGACCCAAUACGCACACAAAGAGCUCUACAUGAUCUCCAGAACCUAGUCCACCAUCACCAAGAGGUGGAUGUACCCGGAGGACUCGCAAACAUAUCAUGGCAGAUCCUCGGGAUAUGUCAACAUAUUACAGGGAGCAUACGAUCUGCCUUAUACUCAUACAAGCAGUCUAUGAAACAUGUGAACACAAAUACACAGCAAAGAAUGCAAAUUGGUACACUGAUGCGAAUACAAAAUAUACUGAGAACAGCCCAGAACGAGUAG